UCUACACGGGGAGCGCUUCCGGGAAGACGCCAAGAUGGCGGCGGCCGCGGGCGUGAUGGCGGCGGAGCUGCGGGAGUGGGCGGCGGUGGCGGAGCGGCAGGAGGCGGCGCGGAGGGAGGCUCUGGCCUCGUGGGAGCCGCUGCUGGUGUCUCUCGCCGGGCUGGCGGAGCAGCUGAGGGCGGCGCGGAGGCUGGCGUGGGGCUCCUCGCCCCUCGGGGCCUUCGGGGAGCUGCGGGAGCGGCUGUGGAGGAAGCAGCGCGGGGCGGCCGAGGCGCUGCUGGAGCAGCUGGGCCAGCGGCGGGAGGAGCUCCGCGCCCUGAGGGACGCCGUCGGGACCGGCGCUGCCUCCGUGCUGCGGGUCUACGAGGAGAAAGCGGCGGAGCUGGGGCUGGAAGAAACCCUGCGGCGUGGGGCUCGCCGCCCGUCGCUGGCUGAUGUGCUGGAAGGGCUGCAGGAUGUGGAGCGGUACUACCGGCACCUGUACCUGGAGAGCAAGCUGUUACUGCUGAGCAUCAGCUGUGACAGCCCGGAAGAUAUGGAAGCCCUCCCGCAGGCCUGGAAGAGGAUUCUGGAGCGGUACGAGGAAGACACUGUUCAAGAUGUUCUCCUUAAGGUCUCUCUCUAUUUGGACAACCAGUGACAGCUGCCCUGCUAACCAGGCUCCAGAUGGAAAAUCCAAGGAAGGACUGAUGUUGACCAGCUUCUAUGAGUGUCUGGUAUAUUCAGAGAUAACCACAAAGAGGAAGAUGAGUUGAAAAAGCUUUACUGCUACGUUUUGGAAGCUGAAUGAAUUGGCCUUGGUAGGAAAUGCUUGGACUGUUCCAUUUUCAAAUGGAGAUGGACAGCGUCUGAAGAAGAGGUUGAGCUGAACAAGUCAACAAUAGAAGGGAGUCAGCAUCUUCAACUAUGAAAGGCAUCCUUUCUUUUUCUUGCUACGGGUGUUUUGUAUACAAAAAAAAAGUUGAAACUUACUGACUUGUAAACAAAUGGUGAAAUGCACUGCAAAUAAAUGUAACAUUGAGGUCCAGUGGGUUGAUACCACAGAAAGAUUGUUGGGUACCAUCCUUAACAAUAAAUAAAGAUGUCAAGUCAGGAAUUAAAAACAGUUUGUGCAUUGUGCUUCUGAGCGAUGUGUUUGCUUUUAUCCCACCUGUACAUUGAAGAGGAAGGAACAAAUUUGGCUUGUAAAUGUAGUUACAAAGGUACACAGAUCUAGCAUAAACACCUGACAUCUGAUAAAGGCAGUUUUUGAGUGUGUUACAGUAUUCUGAGGAAGACAUGUCUGUACCAGUUAAAAUCACUUGCUUGUAACAAAUACUGAUAUGUUUAAUUCAGUCUUAAAACUUCAUGUUCUGUGGCAGCAGCAGAUGGUGUCAGUUAGGGUCCUCUUCUGUUGGCUGAAACUGAUCCUUUGUAAUGUUCAUGGGAAGUGAUGGGAUUCGUGUCUGUAACUUACCUGGUAAGGGCUAUAACUUGUCAGAGAAGGUCAAAUAAAAAAAAAAAUGUGCCUCCAGAUA